AUGAAGUCGAUUGCUCGGUUACAUGUAUGGUGGUCAAAGAUUGACUCAGAUAUCGAGACAUUAGCGAAGUGGUGUCAUUCUUGUCAGCGGGAAGGUAAAUCUCCACCACAGUGCAUUGUUCAUCCAUGGGUUUGGCCAGUCAAGCCAAUGCAGCGUGUUCAUGUAGACUUCGCAGGUCCGUUCAUGGGUUGUAUAUUCUUUUUGAUGGUCGAUGCACAUUCCAAAUGGGUAGAAAUUAUUGAAAUGAAGUCAACAACAAUGACAGCUACUAUUGAAGUACCUAGAGGAUUGUUUGCUUCAUAUGGUCUACCAACUCAAUUGGUCUCGGACAAUGGGCCACAGUUUGUGUCAGAAGAAUUUAGCCAGUUUGUAAAAAUCAAUGGUAUUAAGCACAUCAAGUCUGCUACCUACCAUCCGGCUGGUAAUGGCCAGGUUGACAGAGCCGUGCAGACUUUCAAGAGCAAACUCAGAUCGAUGGAAAAGGAAUCAGGAACUCUGUCACAGAAACUCUGUAGGUUCCUGUUACACUACAGAUUCUUACCUCAUGCGACUACUGGGAUCUCUCCCAGCGAGUUGUUCCUGGGUCGACAGCUAAGGACAAGGCUGUUCUUAUUAAAACCGGACGUUGAGGAGUCAGUGCGAGAGAAGCAGGCCAAGCAGUUGAAAGAACCUGCAAUUACAUGCACAGUCAGACAGUUUCAACCAGGAGAUCUUGUCUGGGCUCAAGACUACAGGUAUUGA